UUUAAAUGAGAUAACAUAGUCCCCGCAUCAGCUCCGCACCUUCUUACACAGACCCCCCAAAAAUCACCGGACUGUGGAAGGCAGGGCUUCAACAACGCUCAUUAGUCUCUCCUCUCUUUCGCGCGAAGCCUCGUCUCUCCACUCUCGAUCGCGCUUCAUCCUGCUUGAACUACUCUUCCAGUCUGGAUUCCAGCUGCUGAAGGAGUCUUGAAGCAGUUGGUCAAGAAAAGGGGUCUGGAUUCCAAGUUCAAGAUUGACUCUACUGGCACCAUUAAUUACCAUGAGGUAGAGGGACGAAGAAGAAGAUGGCCAUGGAUGGCAGCAAUGCAGCAGCAGCGGAGGAAUUGGCCGUGGGUUGCUUCGUCUCCAUCAAGACCACCUUGGGCAACGACUUCCAGGGCCAGGUCAUCACCUUCGACCGCCCCUCCAACAUCCUCAUCCUUCAAGAGGGUUUGAAAGGAGGGCCUAAGCGGAACAUCAGGCUACUCAAGGCCAACUAUAUCAAGGAGUUGAGCUAUUUGGGUCAAGCUGAAGACCCACUUGACAUUAAGAACUGUUACCUUGAUCUUAAUAGUCUCAGAGCCAGAGAGGAAUCAGCUAUCAGACAAGCAGAGGUAGAGUGUGAGAGGAUCAGAGUUGGUGUCACCAGCCAGGCUCAUAACAUUUUUGAUGCCUUGUCUAAGACGCUUCCAGUACGCUGGGACAAGACUUUCAUAGUUGUGAUGAAUGAGGUUCGUGUGAGCAGUCCAUAUCUUCCUGAGUCUGUCAGUGGAGGAACUCCUGCUGCCAAUGAUCGGGUGAAGAAAGGGCUUGAGUUGGAGAAGACUUUUCCCUCAAGGGAUAAGUCAUUGUGGGUAUGUUUGUAUACUCGGCCUUCUCUGAGGGGAGCAUUAUCUUUUUUUUUAAGACGUGCAGCUCAAGAUAAAUUGUUUAAUCAUGGUGGUAAAAUUGAUUAAAUGCAAGUAUGGUGGUAUGGUGGUCUUGCUGUCAAGACGUAAGACCAAGCAUGAAGUGUUGUAGUAUGGUUUUGCUUUUUAAGCUUGGAGAUCAUAAUUUAUUUGCAUGGCAGCUUUGUUUUCUGAGCAUGAACUCGAAAAGAGUAGUUUAUUUGCAAAUGUGGGAGACAUGCUUUUUAAGCAUAACUCGAAGAACAAGAAUGAAAGAUUGUUUAAUUGCAUUGUGGUGGUCUUUCUGCCAAAAGACCAAGUCUGAAGAAUAUUGUAGUUUGUGUGUGGUGGUCUUCUUCUUUCACUUUAAUGUGUGGCCAUUUUCUCCUUCAUGGAGAACUUGCUAUCGAAACAGAAAAGGAAGAACAUGGCAACUAGAUUCUCCAUCUUCGUCUCAUGGAAACCUUGCUGUCAAAGAAGAAAGGAGAAAGCAAUUAUAUCAGAUUUCCAUCUCGUCUUGCUGUCCACUCGAUGCAAUAAUGAAGACCUUGCUGUCUAAGAUGGAAGUGGGAAGCAAGUGCCUCUGCACCUUGUCACCAUACUUCAACCAAGCUGAAGCAAUCUUGGUGAUUUCUUCCUCGUAUAUAUAUAUACAGGUUCUGUGGUUCUUGUUGCUAUUGAGUAUAGUUUGAUUUUCAAUCCUUUGGUUGUAAAAGAGUUGGUCCAAUACUUUUAGUCCAAUACACAAACAAACAUGGGAUAUGACUAUUUUGACUAUUCUGCUCUUUAGUCCUAAGCAGUACCAAACAUGGGUCUUGUAUUAGCAUAGCAUAUCCCAAGCUAGAAGAGUCCUAGA